AUCCUUGUACUUUUUUUUUUUUUUUUUCAAUUGGGUUCUUGAUUUUGCUUCAAAUUUUCCAAAAACAGUCUAUUUCUGAAGUGGGUAUUGAUCAGUCAAUGGUGUUAAGCUUGUUUGUGCUAUAAAGGAGAAUUUUUACAAGUUGGGUUCUUGAUUUUGCUUCAAAAUCUUCAAAAAACUGAAUUUUUCUGAAGUGGGUAUUGGUUAGUCAAUGGUGUUAAGCUUCUUUACAUCUCAAAGGAGAUUUUUUGCAACUUGGGUUCUUGAUUUUGCUUCAAAAUUGGUAACAUCAGGCUAUUUUAGAAGUGGGUAUUGUUUAGUCAAUGGUGUUAAGCUUGUUUAUGUUUCAAAGGAGAAUUUUUGCAACUUGGGUUGUGGAUUUUUUCUUCAAAAUUUGUAAAAUCAGAGUAUUUUACAAGAGUGUCUUGGUUAGUCAAUGGUGUUAAGCUUGUUUGGGUUGAAAAGGAGAAAUCUUUUUGUUAGAGCUCUUCAUUUGGGUAAGCAAUUCACAACCCCAAAUACAGAAGAAAUCUUAUUCAAAGCAAUUUGUGUGAAUUUGAGGGAAAGAAAAUGGAAAUUCUUGGACCAACUGUCAUCAAGUCUAACAAACUCUGUUCUUCCUCGUGUGUUUCGCGAGUUUCGUAGCUCUCCUAACGUAGUUUUAGAGCUAUACCAGAGAAUUUCAGCAAGUAAAAGUGUGUUGAAUUGUCUGGAAACUUGUUGCAUUGUAAUUCAUACCAUGGUGAAUUGUAAAAAUUAUGAUGAUGCUUUGUUCUUGAUGAAAGAGUUAAUGAUAAGAAGAGGGUAUUCGCCUUUGGAUAUUUUGAAAGUGUUAUUGGAUACUUAUGAUCUGAGUUUUACGUGUGAUGCGGUUUUUGAUACAUUGGUUAGGGCUUGUACAGAGUUAGGGGCAAGUGACGGUGCAUAUAGCGUGAUCAAGAAAUUGAGGACGGAGGGUUAUUUUGUAUCUGUUCAUGCAUGGAAUAAUUUUUUGAAUCAUCUAGUUAAAGUAGACGAUGUAGGUCGUUUUUGGUUCUUCUACAAGGAAAUGGUUUCGUAUGGGUACUCUGAGAAUGUUUAUACGUUUAAUUUAAUCAUUUAUGCCCUUUGUAAAGAAUGUAAAUUGUUAGAAGCUGUUUGUGUGUUUUAUAAGAUGUUGAAGUGUGGGAUAAUGCCUAAUGUUGUUACUUUCAACAUGCUCGUCGAUGGCGCUUGUAGAAAUGGUGAACUUGAUGUGGCGUUGAAGAUUAUUAGGAACAUACAGAUCAUGUCAGAGGGACAUGUGAUUCCAAAUAUAGUAACCUAUAAUUGUCUGAUCAACGGAUACUGUAAGUUAGGGGAUGUGGCGAUUGGAGAGAAAUUUUUAGGCGAAAUAACUGAGACAGGUCUUGAGCCGAACAUAAGAACUUAUGCGACCUUGGUCGAUGGGUACUCGAGAAACGGAAUGCUGGAUGAGGCAUUUAGGAUUUGCGAUGCUAUGGUCGAGAAAGGAUUGAUGCCUAAUUCAGUGGUUUACAAUACGGUAAUCCACCGGCUUUACGUCGAAGGAGAUGUCGACGGGGCUUCGUGUUUGCUGUCCGACAUGAUUGAAAAGUAUAUAUCUCCGGACAAAUUCACCCAUUCGAUUCUAGAGAAAGGACUAUGUAGUAACGGUCGUAUAAAUGAAGCUCUUAGUUAUCACAAGUGUAUUGUGGAAAAGAACCUAAUGGGAGAUGCUUUUUCACACAAUAUACUCAUUGACUAUCUUUGCAAAAGCCAGAAUAUAUUAGCGGCACAGCAACUCGUGUGCAGCAUGUUUGUUCGUGGUUUAAUCCCGGACAUAGUCACAUAUGGUACAAUGAUCGACGGAUACUGCAAAGAAGGCGAUGUUGACAGAGCUGUUGAGGUAUACAAUGAUAUUAUAAAGGUGAAGAAAAAUCCCAACUUAGUGAUUUACAAUUCUAUUUUGGAUGGUUUAUGCAAAGAAGUAUCUGUAGAUGUCGCAGAAGUUUUGGUAGAGGAACUAAAGGGAACAUCUUUAUAUGAUGUGAUCACUUACAACACAUUGUUGAACGGUUAUUGCAUUAGCGGGGAGAUCACUAAGGCAUUGAAUUUGUUCAUGAAAAUGAGAAAAGAGAGGAUAUUUGUUAAUGAAGUUACGUACAAUAUUUUGAUUAAUUUCAUGUGCAAGUUGGGGCUGAUUCAACAUGCGAAAGAACUUAUAAGUGUCAUGAUCACACAGGGUAUUUUUCCGGAUUGCGUAACUUAUACGACACUUCUAACGAGUAUGAAUAAGGAGAGCAGUGCCGAGGAGGCUGUUGAGCUCCAUGACUUUAUGGUGCUUCGAGGUGUAAUUCCGGACAGUGAAACUUAUAGUACCAUUGUUGAUCCGUGUAUAAAACAAAUAGGUUUUGGUCUUGAUUGAGCUAUGUUGUUAUGAAGAGCAAAGCCAAAUAUUUUGGAUCUUGUGGACCUGUAACUCCUAUCCGAUCGCAAACAAAUGGAAUUACAGUUUCUCCUGAGGAACUAAAAAGAUGUGCUAGUUAAGAUGGUUCAAAUCCAGCUCUGUGCUGGGGCAGUUUCCUUGCAAUGCAUGUCACCUGUUGACUUUACACUUUGAGUUGUUUUUAGCUGCUGAUGGGAAUUUGUAACAUUCCAGUUGUGAGAGAAUGAAUUAUUAAUUUUAGAUUCUCAACAACCCGAGUUCCUGAGAUGUUACAGUCCGGGUGUGUGUGAUGGACGGAAACAUGCUGCUGAAGUCUUACUAGGGGUGUCAAAUGGGCAGGUUGAGUUGGAUUUUGGUGGGUCAAAAUGGGCUGAGUUAAUAAAUGUGCGGGUCAUUGACCCGCUCAAAAGUUACUUGGGUCGAAAUGUAGGCUAAAAUGCGGAUCAUAACCCAACCCGCCUAAUUCUUACUAAGUUUUAAUUUCCUUGUUUGUUUUUUAUAAGUACAAAAACAUACCCAGUGUGAUCCCACAAGUGGGGUCCAAAGAGGGUAGAAUGUACGCAAACCUUGCCCCUACCUUUGCGGUAACAUAUGUAACAUACCAAAUAAAAGAAAUGUCUUUCUGAAAUUAUUCUGACAAGGUUUCUAUGGGUCAAUGUGGGCUACAUAUCAAUCCAAUUUUUA